AGGACCCAGACUGUCAACGGGCCACAGGCUUUCUCGUUGAGGACUCUUGUCACUUCUGAGUUCUGACGUUUAAAGCGUCGUCGGCGUCGAUGCGUCGAACUCAUCUCAUCUUGUAACUUGAAAUUUGUAUGAUUUUCCAAAUGUCUUUCAAUCGAUCGUCGCCGAACACUGCCUUAUGAAACUAUAGCAGAUCUUCGUAACAAACCACUCACCUUUAGCCCAUCUAGAUUGUUACUUUAAAAUUUCGUUUAGUUCGUGGCUCAAACACCUAUUAAUGUAUUAUAUCGCGUGUGAUAUCAAUAAAUCGAGUUUAAUUUCAUCGCAAGAUCACUUGGCCCAUACAGCAUACUCUAGUCUUCCCUAGUCUACACGUAAAUUGGUGUGGACGUAUGGUUCAAUUCUGUCAACAAUACUCAGUGUGGUUCGCAGACCUAUUGCCUCUACUGAUCAGUACUUGCCGCUUGGUUCGUACUAAGUUGAAUUAAACAAAAAUUUAAAAUGGAUGACUACAGUUUAUGUCCAUGUGUGCGUAUUGAAAACCCUAAAGACCGUGUAUGUUUUUCCAAUGAUUGUGAUACGCGUACUGUAUUUACAUUAAGUAAAUUUGCAUAUUAUGCUUGUAUUGACAUUCAAAGAAAAGAGUAUAACAGAAUUAGGAAUGCACCAGAAGUCGACAUACAAAACUGUUGUCGCCAAAUAUUUCAUACCAUUAAAAGAAACAUCGAUUUGCCAUAUGAUCCAACUCAUUUAGAUUGUCUCUUUGUAUAUCGAGAGAGCUUUAGAGUGGCAUGUUUUGAAGCAGCAAGAGUUGGACAUAUGGACUGUUUGAGAUUUGCUCACGAAAAUGGAUUUGAAUGGAACUAUAAAACAUGCAAGAGAGCUGCUAAAAAUGGACAUCUAGAUUGUUUAAAAUAUGCCCAUGAACAUGGAUGUCCAUAUGGCAAUAAUGUUUUAAAAGACUCUGCUAAAGGUGGACACUUAGAGUGUAUGAAGUACUUGUACGAAACUGGAUGUAGGUUGACAAUGUUUGCAACCUCUGCUGCUGCAGAAGGUGGUUUUCUACAAUGUUUAAAAUAUGCUCAUGAAAUUGGAUGUCCUUGGGGAAUAAAAACAUGCACCAAAGCUGCAGCUGGUGGUUACUUGGAUUGUUUAAAAUAUGCACAUAAGAACGGAAGUGUCUUAACCUUGAAAACAUGUGCAGCUGCAGCAAGAGGUGGACAUUUGAAAUGUUUAAAAUAUGCACAUAAAAAUAGAUGUAGAUGGGACGAAGAAACAUCAAAUAAUGCCGCACUUGGUGGACAUUUUGAGUGUCUAGUGUAUGCACAAAAACAUGGAUGUCCGUUGGGCCUAAAUAUUUUGGAAAAGGCUGCAAUAGGAGGAAACGUGUAUUGUAUGAGAUACUUGUAUAAAUUAGGAUGUCAAAUAGGAAGAUUAACCUGUGCUACUGCUGCAAAACACGGGAACUUGGAAUGCUUGAAAUUUUGCCGUAAAAUUGGAUGUGAAUGGGGAAGACAUGUGUGCACCAAAGCUGCAGCUGGUGGCCAUUUAUCAUGUCUCAUCUAUGCCCAUGAACAUGGUUGUAUUAUGACCUGUAACACGUGCACAGCUGCUGCAAGAGAUGAACAUCUAGAAUGUUUAGAGUAUAGCCGUCAGUUUGUAAACUGGUAAAAGUGAGAUAAAGCGUAAAUAAAUACUUUUAAAUUUUGAUUUAAGAAUAUGCUAUUUACUUAAGAAAUUGUAAUGAGUUAAAAAUAAGAUACGGAUACUUGUUAAAUUAAGUACAAUUAUGAAGGUAAAAUAAUAUUCUGGAGUAAAUAUAUGAUUAUAAUAUAUAUAUUAUAUACUUAUUUAAGUUGAAAUUUCGUUCGAUAUAAAGGAUGAAACUGACCAAUUCAAAAUUAUUUAUAAAAAUGUAUUUCAAGUGUAAUUUUCCUAAGAACGUAUUUAGUACCUAGUAUAAAAUGUAAAUAUGAUAAACACUUAGAUUUGUUGUAAUUGUAAUCAGGCAUGGAUCCAGGAUAUCUAAUUGGAAGAAGGAUAUCAAAUAUGUAUAGAAUUUACAGAAACCAUCAUAUACCUGAUAUAUUCAUUUUCAUCAUAUUUUUUUUUUUGUGAGCAGGGCAUUUUGCUUAACCCCUGUAUCCAUGUCUGCUUGAAAUAAUAUGUAUAAUUAGUAUUUACUAUUUAAUGUACUUGCAAAGAGCAAAUUAUUUUAUUAUAUAUUCUAAUAUUCAAUGUUAAACAUAUAUUUCUAAAGAACUAUGAUUGGUAAUAAAUAUUGAACAAUUAUUUAAAUAAAGAAGAAAAUAACUAUUCUUCAAAAAUAAAAAUAUCAUCUAACUAAAAAAAUUAAAUUGUGGGCGACAACAGGCUUCAGACUCUGUAGAAACGCUAAUCAAGCAAUUGGUACAGUAUCAAGCUACAUAUUUUAUAGUAAAAUUUCUUUGAAACUAAAAAUAACGUGUUACUAUUUAUUUGAAUUAGAAAAACAUUUGAUCCUAUAGAUCAUAU